AAAAAUAGGUUGAGCCUCUUCUUCUCUGCCCACGUAGGAACUCGCAAUGGCCCAAUAGCAAAGCAAACUCUCCUCCAUCCUCUCUUCUCUCUCUCUCUCUCUCUCUCUCUCCCCUUCUCCCGCCGGUAGCUGAAACAGAAAGGAAAGACCGGUGAAACGUUGACCAAUGAGAUCUACUGGAAUUUCAUGGAGGUCGUACUGAUUUUUAGCUGACAACUGAAGAGGGGGAAUAAGCAAAAGAAAAAAAUAUCUCUCCUUUUCUUUUCUGGGGGCCAACAUUUCUGGAUUAUCUGUAAGUUCUUCAACGGGUUAUCCUCUCUCGUUCUUCAGAUCCGUUCGUCAAGCUCCCCUUUUUUUUUUUUUUUUUAUUUGGGGCAUUCCGUAGUGAUCCUCUCCUUCCCACUUCGUUUAAUCAUGGAUAGCAAUUACUCGGCUAUCCCCAAGAACUCAUACGCAGAGUUGCAAUUCCAGAAAGAUUACGGCAGCCCGAAAUUGCCCUCCGAGUUCUUGCCUCUUGAUGUGGAGAGCUAUAUAGAUCCCAAGAAUGGCAGCAGGCAUGACGAUGACUUGGAUUUGGAUAUCGAUGAUUACCCGCUUAUCGGAUCUCAAUCCGGGUCGGGAAUUUCCGGUGCAGUGUUCAAUCUCACCACCUCAAUCAUUGGGGCCGGGAUCAUGGCCCUGCCCGCCACCAUGAAGGUUCUUGGCUUGGUUCUGGGGUUCGUUAUGAUCAUAUUGAUGGGUAUUAUAUCGGAGAUCAGCGUCGAGAUGUUGGUGAGGUUUUCUGUCUUUUGCAAGGCCGAAUCUUAUGGGGAGCUCGUUCAGCGGGCCAUGGGGAAGCCCGCGAAGGUAAUGUCGGAAAUUUGCAUAAUCGUGAACAAUGGUGGUGUUAUGGUGGUUUAUUUGAUUAUAAUGGGCGAUGUUCUAUCGGGGUCGCCCCGCCAUGAAGGUGUUUUCGAUCAGUGGUUAGGGCAUGGGUUUUGGGAUCAUAGGAAGUUAGUCAUUUUGGUAAUUCUGUUGGUGUGCCUAGCUCCCCUUUGUGCGUUGCAGAAGAUUGACUCAUUAAGUUUAACUUCUGCGGCUUCGGUGGCACUUGCUGUUGUAUUUGUUGUGGUUUGUUUCAUUGUCGCUUUCAUUAAGCUCAUUGAAGGAAAGAGCGAAGCCCCCAGGAUGGCCCCUGAUUUUGGUUCUGAGAAGGCAAUUUUGGAUUUACUCGUGGUUAUACCGAUCAUGACAAAUGCCUAUGUUUGCCACUUCAAUGUCCAGCCCAUCUACAAUGAGCUUAAGCAGCGGUCCCCCCAGAAGAUGAAUCGUGUUGGGAGGAUCACGACCAUCAUUUGCGUCGUGGUUUAUGCUUCAACCGCCAUAUCGGGUUAUCUCCUCUUUGGGAAGGACACUGAAGCUGACAUAUUGACCAACUUUGACAAAGAUCUUGGGGUUCCAUUAAGUUCUGCUAUAGAUUACAUAGUUCGCGUUGGGUAUGUUCUUCAUUUGGUUCUCGUUUUCCCGGUAAUUCACUUCUCCCUGAGGCAGACUGUGGAUGCCUUACUCUUCGAGGGCUUGAGCCCACUGGUUGAGAGCAGGAAGAGAUCCUUGGCACUAACAGGAGUGCUUUUGCUUCUUAUAUACAUAGGAUCGACCAUGGUGCCAAACAUUUGGAUUGCCUUCAAAUUCACUGGAGCUACUGCAGCUGUAUCAUUGGGCUUUAUUUUCCCAUCUCUUGUUGCCUUAAGAUUGAGUCCCCAAGGUGCAGGUUUGAGCACCGGAGAGAGAAUCCUGUCUUGGGUAAUGCUAGUACUCGCGAUCAUAGUUAGUGUAGUUGGAAUCAUUGGGAAUGUAUAUAGCAUCAGAAGCAAAUCGGAAUGACCUCAUCCUGCAGAGAGUUUAGAGAAGUUGCUUAUAUAUAACGUCAUCUAUACGGCUCGUCAUCUCUGGAAGUUUUGCACUUCGGCUUAUAUGGCUCGUCAUCUGUUGGAAGUUUUGCAUUCUUGGGCUUCUUGAUGCCCGCUCGAGAGCUAAUGACUGCGUGAAUUUGGAUAAUUGUGAAAGAGCUACAAGUGAGCAGAGGGCAUAUUCAUGAAGACCGUGGCCCAUCUACUUUGCAUAUGAAGGCCCGACAGAGCACACCCGUGCCCGCUCAUGCCAUUUGCUUUAGAGGUCGGAAGAGUUUCACUUUGCACUGUAAUUAUACAGGCAGCAACUACAGUUCUUUUUCUUUCUUUGAAUCUCUGUUAAAUGAUUCCUUAACCUAUUCUUUUUCGUACAUUAUCAUCUUAUUCAGAGCAGAAAUGAAUAACAGAGAACUCACUUCCUGUUGUGCUUUGGAUU